UCAGAAAAGUCUCUUCCGCGCGAGUUUAGAAACCCAGAAAAAAACCAACACAAGUUUUACUCCAAGAUUCACCAGGACCCUCUGUCUUCUCUGUUUGGUUGUGUUUCUGGUAGUUGGAGCUCACCUUGUGGAAUCAGAAGACAAGAUAAAAGAUGCAUCUAUGGCCCUCAACGAUGAUCCGAGACUCCUUCAAGCUUGAAUACCUGAGAAAGAUGGAAUGGAACCUCCACAGAAUGAAAAGCCAAAGAGCAUCAUCAAGUUCAGCCAAUCAAAAACUGCUGGAUACCCAAAAGGGUGCUUCAGGCGAUGAACAAGUGGCAGAAUUACCCUAUUCAAAGGCUCAUCCUACGAAGAUGCUUCUGUCAUUUUGUCUCUGUUGUGGAGGUAGCUUUUGGAGAUCACGAAGAGAACUGACCAAUCCUUUACUGAAUGUACUAGUUAUUGCUUCAGUUGGUAGAACUUUACUGGUAUGUUAUCAUUAGGACCUUCUUUAUUCAUUAGUAUAUGUAAUACACAGAACUAAUGCAGAUUAAUCUCCACUGCUGAAGUUUGGACUAUACAAACAUACCAUAUGCUAUACAAUUCUUCUCAUGAUAUAUCCGUAGGCCGGAUUGCUUCAAAGCUGUCUCAGUCACCGCAAAUUAGAGUUUUGUCGUCGCAAUCUCAGCUCGAUUACAAUCGGCUUAACUACCGUGUAACGCGGUACUCUUUCUACCACCGGAACUAGCUGCCGUCUGCCACCGGAGCUAGCUGCCAGUGUCGGAAACAGGUAGGAAAAAAAAAAUCUGUUGUGUGAGGAGUAAAAAUCCAAUGCAUAUGACCCCCCGCCAUUAUUGACACAACUGCAAAUGCUGCUGUUACUUGCCAUCCAACUCCAACUACCCACACCACACCACACCUCAUCAUCAUCAAUAAGUAACUCCACUCCUACUUCCCAACCCUCCUCUACUCUCUCAGACUCUCACUCCUUCACUCUUUCUUCGCUUCCUUCGUUUUCGUUUUCGGACGAGAGCGAAAAUGCCGCACCCGAUUUCGGAGGCCAACGAGAAGAGCCCCUUCGGCGACUUAACCGCCGAAGAAUUCUACUCCCGCCACUCCGUCUCUCACGGCUCUGACUACGUCACCAACCCCAGGGGCCUCAAGCUCUUCACCCAGUGGUGGACCCCGCUCCCUCCCACGGAGAUUCUCGGCGUCCUCGCCGUCGUCCACGGCUACACCGGUGAGACCAGCUGGUUCGUCCAGCUCACCGCCGUCCACUUCGCCAAGGCCGGCUUCGCCGUCUGCGCCAUCGACCACCAGGGCCACGGCUUCUCCGACGGCCUCGUCGCCCACAUCCCCGACAUCAACCCCGUCGUCGACGACUGCGUCUCCUUCUUCGAGUACUUCCGUGCACGCCACGCGCCGUCACUGCCGUCGUUUCUGUACGCCGAGUCCCUCGGCGGCGCCAUCGCGAUUCUGAUCACGCUCCGCCGCGUGGGGAGGCCCUGGGACGGGCUCAUCCUCAACGGCGCCAUGUGCGGGAUCAGCGCCAAGUUCAAGCCGCCGUGGCCGCUCGAGCACCUCCUCUUCCUCGUCGCCGCCGUCAUCCCCACGUGGCGCGUCGUCCCCACGCGCGGGUCGAUUCCGGAGGUGUCGUUCAAGGUGGAGUGGAAGCGGAAGCUGGCGCUGGCCAGCCCGAGGAGGCCGCUCGCCAGGCCACGCGCAGCCACGGCGCUUGAGCUGCUCAGAGUCUGCAAGGAGCUUCAGGGGAGGUUCGAGGAGGUGGAGGUGCCGCUGCUGAUCGUCCACGGCGGCGACGACGUCCUCUGCGACCCCGCGUGCGUUGAGGAGCUCUACAAACGCGCGUCGAGUAAGGACAAGACUCUGAGGAUCCACCCCGGCAUGUAUCACCAGUUGAUCGGUGAAUCUCCGGAGGACGUCGAGUUGGUUUUCGGAGAAAUGGCGGACUGGCUUCGUACACGCGCCCCACGCGCCUCCAAUAGUUGAUUGUAGUCUCUUUGUCAGUCAAGCAUAGACCAACGGCAGCAUGCCACGUGUCUGGUAGUUUAAAUAAGAAGAAGAGGGUCAGGUCUGUUAUGUAUGAGCUA